AUGGGGCCUAAGAAGCGAAACGUUACUCCUCGCGCCGCCGCCGCUGUAGACGGAGGCGCAAAAACUGAGUCCCCGAACUUAGAAAGUAGCGACAAUGCACCGCCUUCAUCCAAUGCUUCAAUCAAGGUCGAGUACGAGAGAGCACUCUCUGCUCUUCGUCGAGGGAACCACGCGAAAGCCCUAAAGUGGAUGAACAAAUUGUGCUCAGAACACGAGAAUUUGGCCUUGAUUCACCAUGUCAUGGGGAAUGUUUGUGUGGUAGCCUCGAAUUUUACUGACUCGAAUGCCAAACAAGGGCAUUUGAAGAAAGCAAUAGAGAGUGCAAGGAAGUCGAUCACAUUGUCCCCGAAUUCAAUUGAGUUUUCUCAAUUCUAUGCGAAUUUGUUGUUAGAGACAGUAAGUGAGAGGAAGGACUAUGAGGAGGUGGUGCAGGAGUGCGAGAGGGCUUUAGCAAUUGAAAACCCCACGGACCCGGCCAAUGAGACGCUACAGGAGGAGAGGUAUCAGAACAUUUCCUCAUCUGAAGCUCGAGUUGCUCAUGUCCAAAACGAGUUACGGUCUUUGAUUGAGAAGUCUAACAUUGCAUCCGUUUCGACUAGGAUGAAGAAUCUGGGCAAUGAAGACGAGAAGUUUGGGUUUAUUCCAAUGGAAUUGAGAUCGGUAAUGGGGAGAAGACCAAAUGAGAUUAAGAAGGCAACUAAGACUCCUGAGGAACGUAGGCAGGAGAUUGAGGUGAGGGUGACUGCUGCUCGGCUUCUGCAGCGUAAGUCCGAGUCUCCUCAAUGUAGUAAUAGUGAUAGUAAUGAGGGGUUGGAUUCUAGUUCAGGGAUGGAGCAGAGAGAGGGAGGAAGAAGUAAAAGUGGGAAUGAGAGGAGAUAUAAUUCUUUAGUUGAGAUAAGGGACAGAAUUCGGUCUUAUUGGAACUCAUUGGAUUUGGAUCAGAAGAAAGAGUUGCUUAGAAUUAGAAUUUCAGAUCUCAGGAAACACUGUAGUUUGUUAAAGGAAGGGUUGCUUGAUGAAGCUUUAUCUUUUGGAAAAGAAAAUAAGGCUUGGAAAUUUUGGCUAUGCUAUCACUGCAAUAAAAAAUUUGUCAAUGCAGAUAAACACAGACAGCAUGUCAUUCAGGAGCAUAUGGGAACUUUGUUACCCGAAUAUCAGUCGAUUAUACCCAAGAGAGUGGAGGAUGAGUGGGCUGAGAUGCUUCUUAAUUGUUCAUGGAAACCAUUGGAUUUAGACGCUUCAAUCAUGAUGCUUAAUGAACAGUCAAAAUUUGAGGCACCUAAUUUCCUUGAUGAAUCGAACCCAAGAAACCACAAAGAUGAUUCAUCACCUGGAAAAAUGAAAUUGGAUGGUGAAGGCCGUAAGAAAAGUUUCCUUUAUAAAAACUGGCCUUCAACUGAUGACUCAAAAUGUGCGGAACUUCUGGAAAGCAUCCAUGCCAAAUUCCAGCUUCUUAUCCAACACAAUCAUCUAGCCUCAAGUCAUCAUAGCAUUGUUAUACAGUAUGCAGCUGAGGUGCUGCAGCGUCUUCCUGAUUUCUCUCAGCUCCUUAACUUCGAUAUGGACCAAACACCUCUAUGUAUCUGCUUUCUGGGUGCUCCUUAUCUUGAGAAAAUCUUGACUUUUUUGCAGAUAAUUGAGCAGGAAAUUUUAGAUUGUGAAAAAUGGAAUUUCAUGGGUGAUUCAGUCAGUGGUACUCAGAUUGUUGACGCUAUGGAGAAGAUAACUUUUAAUCUAGACAAUUUAGUUUUAGAGGUUGAUGAGUGUUUUCUUCACUGCAAGCUCAAUUCUUCAUUGUGUGAUGAUGAUUCUAGUUCAGCAACUUCAUCGCGCAUCUGCUAUGAGAGCAAUGAUAUCGUGCUUGAUUCAGAUGUACUGCUAUCCUGGAUAUUUAUAGGACCCUCGAUGGGAGAACUGUUGGUAUCCUGGGCAUGUGCAAAGGAAGAGAAAGAACAACAAGGUAAAAAGAUUCUUCAGUUACAUGAGAAGAAAUUCUACGACCUACAGAGCUUGUGUGGGAGAAAAUCUGAGCAAUUAAAUUAUGAAAAGGCAUUGCAUGCUGUGGACAAUCUCUGUCAUGACAAGAGCCUUAAAAGAGAAUAUGUAGUAGAUUCUGUCCCCCAAAGUUAUGGCUCUGUCCUGAGGAAGAGGCGAGAAGAGCUCAUUGGAAGUGACAAUGAAAUUACCGUUAUUGAUGCCGUUAUCAGCAAUAGGUUUGAGCUGGAAGCUAUAGCAAAUGUUCUAAAGGAUGCAGAAUCCGGUGAUCAUGAUGAUUGGAGAACAAAGGACAAUUUGCAUCAGGUGGACUCCUCCAUAAAAGGUGCAAUAUGCAGACAGAAAGACAUUGUGUCUUUAGAGCUCAAUAAAGUUGAUGCAAGGAUUCUGCAUGUAAUUAAUUCGAUGCAGCAGUUGGAAGUUAAGCUUGACCCUGCAUCUGUCCAUGAUUUCAGAUCAAUCUUGGUGCCUCUAGUGAAAUCAUAUUUGCAGGCACGUUUGGAGGAUCUGGCAGCGAAAGAAGAGGCCACAAAGAAAUCUGAUGCUGCCAGAGAAACACUUUUAGCAGAACUUGCUGUUGAAUCUGAACAGGGUUUUGGUGGAGGAGGGGAUAAAUCAAGACAUAUGCAAGAGAGGAUGAAGGUUAAGAAAAAGAGAAGGGAGAACAGGAAAAACAAGGAUUUGAAGGCCACUGGUGGUAAGGGGCGGCUAAGGAUUCAUGAUCUGACAUCUGAAGAGAUAUCACCUGUAAGUGCUCCGGAUGCUGCAAUUGCUUUUGCUGGGACUUGUGUCGCUUUAAGACAAUGGGAAGAGGAAUAUGAAAGACAAAAUGAAAAUGAGGAAAAACUGAAGCAUCUUGCAGAGCCACCUAUGUCUUCAGAAAAGGAAAAUGAUGAAGUUGGUCAACUGGGACCUGACCACACUCCUGAUGGUGACCAAGCACUGCCAUCAAAGAAGUUUCCAGAAAUAGACGAGUUCGACUUUUCAUCAAAGAAAGUCAUGGCUGAUAAUGUUAAUGUAAUGGAUAUGUGUGGCCCUGGUCUGAAAAAUGAAGUUGAUACUCGAAGAGAAGCUGUUGCUCCCACAUCUUUGAGGGUUGCUUUGAGCAACCUGCAUCCUGAUAGUAAAUUCUUCCAGGAGGGACAGAUGAAUGAUGCUUCUGAAGUUCUGUGGGCAAUAUUUGAUUGCCUUCAUCAAUCAUUCCCUUGCGAACCUGUUGACAUGUGCCCAAAAAACUCCUUUGAUGAGCUUUUAUACCUAGUUGAGACUAUUGACCAAUUAGCUUGCGAUCCAGAGGUUGGCGGCUGUAGAAAGCUCAACUACAUUCAAAAUGUUCUCUCAGCUCAACCCUUUGUUUUCACAAUUGUUCUGGGUUGGCAGAAUGAUUGUGAAAGUGUUGAUGACAUAACAGCAACAUUAGCAGCCUUUACUACAGAGAUUGAUAUCAGUGUGCCUUAUCGUGGUCUUGACCAAAAAUGCACACAUCGCUUGGUUUUUGUGGUUUGCUUUUAUGGGCAGCACUAUGUUUCUUUUGCCUACAAGCACGAUCAUGAACAGUGGAUCAUGUAUGAUGACGAAACUGUAGAGGAAAUUGGAGGCUGGAAUGAUGUUCUUAAUAUGUGUGAAAGAGGACACCUGCAACCCCAGGUUUUCUUUUUUGAAGCUCUUUCACAAGAAAUUGAUAUGGGGCAUAAGAAGCGAAAUUAUGCUUGUCGCUCCAAAGCCUCACAGCCACCAACGGCGUCUCCUACAAAAGUCACCACCUCCACCGUAGAAGGUGGACCUAACCUCACACCGCUGGAACUAGAAAUCAGAGAAAUUGCAGCAACCCCUUCAUCCUCCAAUGAUUCAAUCAAGAUCGAGUGCCAGCCAGCCCUAGCUGCUCUGCACCAAGGAAACCACAAGAAAGCCCUACAGUUGAUGGAGGAUUUGUACUUAAAACACGAGAAUUCGGCCUGGAUUCACCAUGCCAUGGGGAAAGUUUGUGUCAAGAUGGCCUUGAUGAUUGAAGACCCCAAUGCCAAACAGCAAUAUUUGAAGAAGGCAAUAGAGAGUGCAAGAAAGUCGGUAACAAUGGCACCGCAUUCUUUUGAUUUUUCAGUUUUUUAUGCGAAUUUGUUGUUUGAGACUGCAAAUGGGGGGGAGUAUGAGGAGGUGGAGCAGGAGUGCCAGAGGGCAAUGGAAAUUGCAUCCCAGUUCCUUCAAACGCUUUCCAAAAUUGAGGCUCGAGUGGUCCAGUUCGAAAAUGAGGUGCAGUCUUUGAUUCAGAAGUUAAAUACGGCAACAGAGUUCCAUGAGAAGAUUUCCACACCCAAGGCUGCAGUUGCCCCUGUGCAAAAUGAGGAAGGGUCUUUGAUUCAAAAGUCCAACGUUGCAUCCAUUUCAACUAGUAGGCUGAAGAAUCUGGGUUAUGAGGAGGAGAAGUUUCCAUCGUUUCCAACUAUAGUCCCUGACAAACCAAUGGAAUUGAGAUCAGCACUUGGGAGAAGGCCCAAUGAGAUUAAGAAGGCAACUAAAAAUCAUGAGGAGCUUAGGAAGGAGAUUGACGAGAGGGUGGCUGCUGCUCGGCUUCUGCAGCACAAGUCUGAGUCCCCUCUGUGUGGAAACGAUAGCAAUAAGGGGUUGGAUUCUAGUUCACAGAUGGGGCAGAGAGUAGGAAAAAGAAGGAAAAAAGGGAAGGGGCAGAGGAACAUUUCUUCGGCUGAGAUAAGGGACUUUGUUCGGUCUUAUUGGAACUCAAUGAACUUGGAUAGCAAGAAAAAAUUGCUUAAAGUUAAUAUUUCAGAUCUCAAGCUACAUUCUAGUUUGUUAAAGGAAGAGUCAGUGAGUGAGGUCCUUCAUGAAGCCUUAUCUUUUGUGGAAGAAAAUAAGGUAUGGAAGUUUUGGCUGUGCUGUUGCUGCAAUAAAAAAUUUUCCGAUGCAGAUUCACAUAGGCAGCACGUAAAGCAGGAGCAUAUGAGGACUUUGUCACCGAAGUUACAGUUGAUUAUACCAGAUAGAGUGGAUAAUGAGUGGGCUGAGAUGCUUCUUAAUUUCUCUUGGAAACCAUUAGAUUUAAAUGCUGCAAUUAGAAUGCUUGAAGACGAGUCAAAUGCAAGAAACGAUAAAGAUUAUUCCAGUGAAUGUAAAGGGGAUUCAUCACCUGAAAAGAAUAAACUAAGCAAUAACUGCCAGGGUAGUACUCAGGAAAGCAAGGAUUUAGAAAAUAUUAAGUGGAUGAAUAGUGACGAAUAUCAAGCUCGUAAGAGAAGUUCCAUUUACAAAAACUGGCCUUCAACUGAUGACUCAGAAUGUGAGUGGCUUCUGGCAAGAAUCCAUGCCACAUUUGAGCUGCUUAUCAAACACAACUAUCUUGCCUCCAAUCAUCUUAGCAAGGUCAUAGACUUUGCAGUUGAGCAGCUGCAGGGUCUUGCUGAUGAUUUUCAUCUUCUUAACUACAAUAUGGACCAAACACCCCUGUGUAUCUGCUUUCUGAGUGCUCCCAAUCUUGAGAAAAUCAUGACUUUUUUGGGGGAAAUUUUGCGUGACAUUUUUUCUUUUCCACCUGGUAAAUAUUCUGAUAAAAGUUAUUCGACGGAUGAUUCAAUCAGUUGUACUCAAGUUGUUGACACUACGGAGAAAACUUUUGCUCUAGAUGAUUUAGUUUUGGUGCUUGAUGAGCUUUUCCUUCCCUGCAAGCUCAAUUCUUCAUUGUAUGAUGAUUCUAGUUCAGCUACUUCAUUGAUCGACUAUCAUGAGAACAACAAUAUCGUGCUUGAUUCAGAUGCAGUACUGUCCUGGAUAUAUUCAGGACCCUCAAGUGGGGAAAUAUUGGCAUCCUGGACAUGUGCAAGGGAAGAGAAAGUACAACAAUGUAAGGAAAUUCUUCAGUUACAUGACAAGGAAUUUUACAACCUGCAGGGCUUGUGUGAGAUAAAAUGUGAGGAUUUAAAUUACGAGGAAGCAUUGCAUGCUGUGAACGAUCUCUGUUGCAAAGAGAGAAUUAAAAGAGAGCAAGAUGUCCCACAACGUUAUGACUGUGUCCUGAUAAAGCGGCGAGAAGAGCUCAUUGGAAGUGAAAAUGGAACUAAUGUUAGCCGUAGUAGGUUUGAGCUGGACGUAAUAGAAAAUGUUUUGAAGGAUGCAGAAUCUGCUGAAAAUGGCGAUAUGAGGACAAAAUACCAUUUGCAUCAGGUGGACUCCUGCAUAAAAGGUGCAAUACAGAGACGUAAAGAACAAGCAUCCAUUGAGCUCAGUAAAAAUGAUGCAAGGAUUCUGCGAGUUGUAAGUUUGAUGCAGCAGUUGGAAGUUAAGCUUAACUCUGCAUCUGCCCACGAUUUCAGAUCAAUGUUCGUGCAUCUAGUGAAAUCAUAUUUGCGAACACAUUUGGAGGAUCUGGCAGAGAAAGAAGCCACAAAGAAAUCUAAUGCUGCUGGAGAAGCACUUUUAGCAGAACUUGCUCUUGAUUCUGAGCAAGGUUUUGGUGGAGGAUGCAAUAAUUCAAGGCAUAUGCAUGAGAGGAUUAUGGAUAAGAAAAAUAGCAAGAAGAACAGGAGAAACAAAUAUUUAAAGGCCACUGGUGGUGAGGGGAUGCGUAUGAUUCGUGAUCUGACAUCUGAAAUGACAUCACAUAUAAGGGUUCAUGAUUGGGAUGAUCCUGAUGCUGAAGUUUCUUUUGCUGGGACUGAUGUAGCUUUAGGACAUCAGAAAGAAGAAUACAAGCAUAGAAUCGAACUCAAAUUUGAGGAACGAAAGCUUGAAGAAAAUUUGAAAUAUGAAAGACAAAUUGAAAAUGAGGCAAAAGAGAAGCAUCCUGCAGAGCAACCGGUGUCUUCAGAAAAGGACUAUGUUGAAGUUGGUCAACUUGGAUCUAAGGAUAAUCACGAUGAUGAUGGAGCAUUGCUACUAAAGAAGCUUCCAGAAAUGGAUGACUUGGAGUGUUCAUCAAUUAAGGUCAUGGAUGAUGGUGCUAAUGUAAUGGAUAUAUAUGGCCCUGGUCUGAAAAACAAAGCUGGUGAAUAUAAUUGCUUUCUCAACGUCAUAAUACAGUCUUUGUGGCACUUGAGACAUUUUCGAGAUGAACUUUUGAGAACAUCCAUUGGACAUAUUCAUGCCGGUGAUCCUUGUGUUACAUGUGCAUUAUAUGAUAUCUUCACUUCUCUGAGCAUAGCAUCAACUGAUACUCGAAGAGAAUCUGUUGCGCCUAGAUCUUUGAGGGUUGCUCUGAGCAACUGGUCUCCUGACAGUAAGUUCUUCCAGGAGGGACAGAUGAAUGAUGCUUCAGAGGUGCUUGGGGUUAAGUGCCCAGGAAAUUCCUUUGAUGAGCUUUUAAACUUGGUUGAGAUGAGUCAACAGUUAGCUUGUGAUCCAGAGGUUGGCGGCUGUGGAAAGCUCAACUACGUUCAUCGUGUUCUCUCAGCUAAACCACAUGUUUUCAUAACUGUUCUGGGUUGGCAGAAUACUUGUGAAAGUGCCGAUGACAUUAUAACAACAUUAGCAGCCUUGACUACUGAGAUUGAUAUCAGUGUGCUUUAUCGUGGUCAUGAACAAAAAAGUACCCAUUGCCUGGUUUCCGUGGUUUGCUAUUAUGGGCUGCACUAUUGUUGCUUUGCCUACCAGAACGAACAUGAAAAGUGGAUCAUGUAUGAUGAUGAAACUGUAAAGGUAAUUGGUAGCUGGAACGAUGUUCUUGCAAUGUGUGAAAGAGGACACAUGCAACCACAGGUCCUCUUUUUUGAGGCUGUAAACUAG